GGGAGGAACCGGAGGAUGUGACGUCCUGAGCAAUAUCCCGUAAACGCUUUGCUCGGUAAAGUUGAUGUUUGGCGAGGAUUAUUGCGCGCAAGGCUGAGAUGCGGGCGGCUCGGGUGGACUCAAAGCGGCAGUAGGAGUCCCAAGAAGCGGCCAAAACAUGGAUGUAACUUUCGUACUGUCCGCCAUCAUCUUCACGCUGCUCGCCAUUGUGGUCGCGACGUCGCUACUGAACGGAUCCUCGCCUGCAACCGACUUCGCGAAAGCCCGGAGUUACUUCGGACAUCACGGAGACGCCGGAGGAUUAGCGCAGAACGGACACGUACCGGACAAGAAGAAGAAGCAGCAGCAGCAGCAGCAGCAGCAAGGGGCGGACGACUGGAGCGACAUCAGCGGGAGCUCACACGACCACUGGGAUGUAGUGAAGUCUGUGCUGUCAGAUGAAGCACAACCCCACUUCCACACUGAAGGGCUGGCACCACCAGCUGAGGUGUCCUCCUCCAGGUCCAGCCUGUCCGUCCCCGGUCCUCGAUCUAGACACAUGAGCUUCGAGGUGGACUCGUCCUCGGAGGCCUCCUCGUGUCGAGGUCCCAGGUCCUUCAUCGGGCUCUCUGACUCAGAGCUCCUAAAGUGUGCUUUCUCUUACCCCCAGACCGAAGGAGCCACAGAGAGCCCGGGCAUCAACGACGUGGUGGAUUCAAAUGACAGUAAUUCCUUGAAGUACGUCCCUGGGAAGGCGAGAUCCCACCAUUUGGAAACGAUGAUGUCCAAAGAUGAGCUGGAGGAGGAGCAGAGGGUGCAACAUGAGCAGCUGGCCGCCAUCUUCCAGCUGCUGAAAGACAACAAGGAGACGUUUGGGGAUGUUUCCGAGGGAGACAUGGAGGAGCAGCUCCGACUUUACUCCAUCUGAGCCUCUUCUCGGGCUCCAGACUGUGAUCCAAAACUGUACUGAUGGCUCUUUUUUUUGUUUUUUUUUUACCCAUGAGCUCCGCUGAAGGACUUCUCAGUACACCGAAUACUUCAAAAUAAACUUGUUUGCAGUAUUCACCACAGCUGUACCGUCAUGACAACCGCUCAUUGUUUGUUUCAUUGUGCUGUUUCUCGAUAAAGGCCUAAAAAAAGGAUAAAUGAGUGCUGUUUCUAUUAGUUAAUUUAUGAUCAAACAUUUUUUCUAACCUUAAUUGAAUAUAUAUAU